AAUCUCAGGUACUCUUGUAAACUGCGACGACACUAUAAAGUCUUCCACCUAAGUUAAAAUUUUGCGUGGCUUAUUCAGAACCUACUCCAGAUGAUGUUGGGCAAAGGAUGAUGUUACGUUUCUCACAGACAAAGAUAUCUGUUCAGUCGAGUUAUGCGUAAAGCUGCGUCUCAGUGAUUGAAGUCUUCGGAUACGUGGGAGUGAAAGAUGAUUUUCACGCACCGUGAUUUCUUCUGAGGAUUCGGUGUCUCUGUUGUUUCAACACAUCUUUCAUUUAGAGGAACCUCGGGCUGCGUUUAUCUUGUUCUCAUCAUUUUUGUGCAGUUUUAACAAUGACUGAGAAAAUGGCUCCCUGGUGGAGGUCUUUCGUGGGCAAGAGGAGAAAGGCAGCCAGGGAAUCGGCGGCGACGCUGGAGCAGGACCUCCGUCAUCAGACUUCAGCAGGGUCCACACAGCAUCCCUCCGCUGAGCCGGACCAACAGCUCACCUCACCAGCGAAAGAAGCGAGCAACUGCUUACCGAGCGACGAAACAUAUGACGACUCAGCUGUUCAGCCAACUUUCAACGAGAGCUCCAAUCGCCGUAAUCUCACCGUGUCCCGCUCCGGACGCUUCAAAGAGAAACGGAAGACCCGCGUGUGUCUUCCACAGAACCACGGAGAUGAUGGGAAACCCGCUGCAGCCAAAUCGACCGACGUCCUGCCAACGCGCUAAUUUCAACCGCGUUUACCCGAUGGUAGCGCACUACCUCCAUUCUGACACUGCUGAACUCAGUUUGACUCAUGAAUGCAAUGCACUUAUAUGAAGUUAUGAGGAUAGCCUUUUGGAGUAGCCUAGGUUAUCCAUAUCACAGAGGCUUUAUUUUCCAAAUGCUGGAAAUGAGCUAAUGAUAUUUCCUUGCUGAAAAAAACUUCAUAACUUGUUUCUUAGCCUAGUGAGGCUAGUCUUUUGUAGGUUUCAAAGGGGGCACUUCACAACUGGUCUGGCUGGGAGACCAGCUGGGCCAGUCUGGAAGACUAGCAUUGAGACCAGCAAACCAGAAGUUGUUUUUUUUUCCCAACAGGGUUAUUGGACAUUCAACAGACUAAUUUUUGUGAAGGAUUAAACAUUUUUUCUUUUUCUUUUUUUAGAGCUUUGUCAUACAUAAUUUGCACUAUUUUGUGGUGUUACUGCAAUAUUUUAUGAAGGACUGUAUUAGAAGGAUUUAGCAGCAAUUAUUUUUAAAAGUUAUCAGUGCGCUGUAAGCACAGCCUUAUCAUGGCUUUUUUUUUAAAUGCUUGUCCAUGCAUGCCACAGAUUUUUCAAGGGGGUUAGGGUGGUGGUCCUAUCCGUCCAGAAUCACAUUAUUAUAUGCCAUGAUAGCCAUGCAUCCAACGUGUCAGAAAUCAAAGCCGUGUGUUUUCUUGUGUAGUUUGUUUUAUUGAAUCCAGGACACUUAGAUAGUGAUUAGUUCUCCCACUGCAGUAGUGCAACAUUUUCAUUAGACAAACCAAAGAUUCUUUUCUUAUAAUGUUUAGUUAAAAAUCUAAAAGUAAAGAUAUAACAGAGAGGUCAAGAAAAGCAAUAUAACUAAACUAUAAGCUGUUAGUUUAGCAAACAGUGUUUACGGUAGUUAUAUUAUUAGUAGAGUAUUGAAGGUAUGAGCUGAAUAUGGAUAAAGUACUAUUCAGUCACCCUAAAUUAGGAUGGAACCAGAUAAUUGGUUAAAAAAACCUGAGAGAUAUAAUAAUUUAAUCUGUUAUUAUGAGUGAAGCUGGUUGUAAGAGAAGUAGGCCUCUGUAGCUUCAGAUGUUCUGAUCCUUUGAGUAAGCAAGUGAUGCAUAGACAGAUUUCAGAUUUGGGUCUAUAAUGAAGAUUUAGACGAGGUUUCAUUCAGUGCAAUCAGGAAAAAUUUGGAAUAUACUGUACUCUUAUGCAAUAGUUUGCUAAAUUUAGCUUUGGGAAGGAAGUGUUACUACAUCAGAAUUUAAAUAAACAGGUGCUUUUCCAUCUAAGGCAUCCAUUUGCACAUG